CUCCUCAACUCUAAGAAAGAAAAUUCGCUUACUUGACUACACCUAUCACCUCAUCAUCCAAAAUGUCUACUGAAUCUGCUCAAAGGACUGUUCCUGGUGCACCGCCUCCGGCCCCUUUGUCUAAAGCUCAGAAGAAAAAGCGUCGGGUCGUCAAGAAGGAAGGCGAGAGCGAGCCAAACACUCCGGCGCCACCAAAUGUAGUUCUCCCCGAUGCACACGCCGCUGCGUUGACUGAAAAGGCGCCGGAGGAAAAGGACGUCAAAAGCGGCGCCGUCGCUGACGAACUUGUCGCUCAUCCUGAGGCGCCGAAAUCGGAUGCGGGUGACGGCGCUAGUGGGUCGAAACCGAGCCCGGUCGUUGAUCUGCUCAACAAGAGGCUGAAGGCGAUUGGCAAGAAAAUAACUCGCAUACAUGCGUACUCGAGUAAACCUACAUCGGAAUUAAACGAUGAUCAGAAGAAGACACUUGCUACUCUACCUUCGUUGGAAGCUGUCCGUAAAGAGCUCGAGGAAACAAAGAAAGCUGUCGAAACCCUCGAGGCGGACCAAGUAAAAGAAGCUGCUGCUGCGCAAGCUGCGGCUGAACAGGCGGAGAGACAACGAGUAGCAGACUCUGUCGCCGCAGCACAGAGGGAGCAUGUAGAGCGUACCGCUCAAAUUCUGGACAUUAUUCGACUACAGUCACUCCUGUCGAAUGCCGACCCUACUGUACAGGCUCUCAAUCUCAUGGAAGCAGAGAUAAACGCUAUUUAUGCAGCCGUAAAUGCUCUACUGGCUCAAGAGGCCGAAUCGAAGCAGCCAGUACUCCAGGGACUUCUGCUCGGCGAAGGUGAUGUGGAAGGCGUCUCCUUUGACCGUUUCUUUGAGAUAUUGGAUGCAUAUUCACAACCGACAGUCCAGGAAGAGGCAGAGGCAGAGGCCGAAGCUAUUGCAGAAGCAGUCGUUGAAGCUAUUGUGGAGGCGGAGGCAGAGGCAGAGGCAGAGGCAGAGGCAGAGGCAGAGGCAGAGGCAGAGGCAGAGGCAGAAGCAGCUGAGCCAGAGAUUGAAGAAAGUGUUAUUCAACCCGUUCUUAUCGGGAUUCCUGGUGCAUCUGGAGGCACGACCUUCCGUUUUGUGCAGGACAGUGAGCUAGACGCAGAUGCAGUCUCAUUUGAAAAUGGCACAGAAUGGGUUGAGAAGGAAGAAGCUCCUAAAGAACCUGUUGAAGUAACAGUUUCGGUUGAAGUGAAACAGACCAUUGUUCCGGAUGAAGCUGUCGAGGCACGAAUGCCCGAGCAGGCCGGUAAUGGAGGCCUGAACUGGGCUGAGGCUGAAGACGAAGGGGAAUUACCUUCGAUUGAUGGCCUGCACGCGACCUUCGGAACUUCAGGUUCUGGAACUCCCGCCCCUGCUCCGGCUGAAUCUCAGAAGGGAUCGGCAAGGGGUCCCGCUCCGGAAGGCGAGGCUGGGGCUACUGCUCCUCCCAAUGGCCAUACGCAUGCGAGCGCAACCGACGAUGAUGGGUUCACGCAAGCGCGAGGCGGUCGUGCUCGAGGACGUCCACGAGGAUUCAGAGGUGGCGAACGCGGCGCAUACCACCGGGGCGGUGACAGAGGUGGCUUCAGGGGUGGACGAGGCUAUCGUGGUCGACCCAACCAAGGAAGUGAGAGCGGAAACUGGAGGGAGGGUGAUCAACGAGGUCGUGCCCGUGUUCGCGGACGGGGUGGAUUUGACCGUGGCGCACGCGGCGUUAGAACAGGUGGUAACGAAGAGUGAUCGGGAUCUGUCUAAAAUUGGCGAAUGUUAGCCUCUGCUGACGCCAUUUUCCUCCAUCUAUUUUCCUUUGUCCCUGCAUCUUGUUUCUUGCUGUAUGAUUGCAACUGUUUUACUUCUAUUAUUUAAUGCUAUUUCUCUUUUCU